UUUGUGGUAGUAUGACUUGCUUGACAACGACUUUGACAGCAGAUCAAUAGUCACUGAUGUAAACAAAAAAGGAAAAUGGCAAAGUUUGAGAAAGAACCCCCGAAUUUUGUUCACCAAAAUGCAAUUCUAUGUGAAACCAUUCAUAAGGAGCAAAGGACGUCAAAAUUGUAUACAAAUUAUAGUGUAAAUCCUUUUAAAAAGAUCCAUGUUAUCACUGGUAAACCUAACUCAUCCCAUGACACGGAAGAGGGAGAGGAAGAUGAGCACUUCAAGAAAGUGAUCUCCAGAGCACAUCUAGAGCCUGUGAAAAAGUACACAUACCCACAAACAGAAGCACAGGAGGUUGGCUGGAUAACAAGACCACUGAUUGACAUCGAUAGAUCUGACAAGAGAUUGCAUCACUUCCGACAGAACACUGCUAUUACCAAAUACAUGGACGCAGCUUGGAGGGUGAAGGAACAAACAGAAAACUUGAAUUAACUUCUAGACUCUAGGAUGUUAUAUUUUAUAAUAUUAUUUUAUCAUAUAAUGUACUUACCCGUAACUGCCAUUAAUAUUAAAACUCUGUGAUAUUUGUUUAGAUAACUGCAAGUAGUGUUUACAUGUAAACAUUUUCACAUAUUUUCUUAUUAAAAUGGACAUUUAUUUGCUAGCUCCCAAAAUCGUGAUUACCUGUAUUGUAACAUAUUGAUUUGUUGCGUAGCGUUAACCAUUUGGAAUUUUUAUUAUGUUGUAACUUAUAAUGUAUACUUUUCAAAACAAUAAAAACCAUUUUAGAGCUGCCAGAAAAACAUUCUGAGACAGAGACAAAUAACCAAACAUUUAUGUAGUGUUACACAAAUCAUUUCAAAUUGGAAUAAAAAAAUGAGCUUUU